AUGUCAUUCAGAACCAAUGGGAUAAGAGUGUUCCAAAGAACAUUUACCCAAACAUGUAUCAAAUCAAACAUCAGGCCACAAAUUCCAUCGGAUAUUCAAUCAAAGAUCUUGAGAGCCAAAACGAGAGCUGUGAUUGGUGAUUCAAGUAUCUUUACUCAAGGUGGGUCUUUAAAAAGAAUAAGAACCGUUCCUAAAUAUCCAGCCUUCUUUGGUGGGAAUCCCGUACAUCAAGAUAAUAUGCAUGAAGUGGAGGCUAUAUUGAAACGAUAUGCAAGUUAUCCCAAAAGAACUGUUCCUGUUGAAGAAUUGGAAAGUUCAUCAUUUGUUUCAUUCGACGAAUAUAAAAAACAAUGUGGAUCUGGUGUUAGAGUGAAAGAAAUACAUCAUAAGGAAUUAAUCUCCGCCUUGCAACAAUUAAGGUCUAUUGAUUUACAAUUGAUGCCUGAAUCAGUUUCGGAAAUUUUGAAGAAAUUUAGUGGUUCAAGUGGAGCCAAUAAAAUUGGACAAGUUAAAAAGGUAAAGACAUUGGAUGCGAAUGGUAGAGCUCAUGGUAAAGCCAAGAGAAAGUCUUCUAAGGCUGAAGUAUGGGUUGUCAAGGGGGAAGGACAAAUCAUGGUGAAUGGAACCCCAAUUGUUGAAUAUUUCCCACAAAUUGAAGAUAGAAAGAAGAUUGUUUAUCCAUUUGUAGUGGUUGAACAAGAAGCUAAAUAUAAUAUCUUUGCUACCGUCAGUGGUGGUGGCAGAAUGGGUCAAUCUGAAGCCGUCAUGUAUGCUGUUGCUAAGGCUCUUGUUGUUCAUAAUCCAUUAUUAAAGCCAAGAUUAAGAAAAGCUGGAUUGAUGACUAGUGAUGCUAGAACUGUUGAAAGAAAGAAGCCUGGUAGACUUAAGGCCAGAAAAUCUCCAACAUGGGUCAAGCGUUAG